AUGAGACCACAAAAAGUUACCGUAGAUAGUUGGUACAUGUUGACGGUGUCUUGCGGCUGCAUCGGACUAAUUAUUGCCGUACGGGUAUUACUCAGAUUAAUCCAAGCAAUUUUCUGGCUGCCUGGAUACAUAGAAAAAAUGGAAAAGAAAAUGGCAGAGGAGCAAUUAAAACUCAAGAUGGAAAAUGAGAAGAAAUUAAUGCAAGACACGGAGGCAACAUUUGACCUUUCGCGAACUACAAAUCAUGGCCAAAGUUCACCAUUGUCACAAUCAACUGACAAAAUUAUGUGGCUGAUUGUUAGUUCUUUGGCAAUUGCUGGUGUGGUGUACUUUGUUUUGCAAAUUUGGGUCGAUUUUGUUGCAAAACCUACGGCAACGACCAUAGAGAGCACACAAGCUAAUCUAGCUGGUUUAAAACAAGCACAAAUGUUAGAAUUGGUGCAUUUGAUGGGGCGAAUAUACGACCACGAUAUUGAAGGCCAAGAACAAUUCACAACGCUCCAAAAUAUUUUGGAUACCUAUGAUGUUAAUAAUGCUACUGGGAUGUACGAUAUUUCUGAACACAUGAUACAGCUGUCACCUCAAUGUGAGGAUAUGCUAAGUGAUUGCUCCUGGGAUGGAUAUUCUGAGCCUUGUGGAGCUCUAUUCAGUAUGCGUCCUACUAUGGAAGGCCUCUGUUGUACUUUCAAUUAUGUUAGAGGAUUGAAUAUGACGGAAAAAUUUAUCGAUACGCCAGGUCCAGGACAUGGACUCAUCGUCACAGCGUAUCCGGAUUUGGAAGAUUAUUAUUAUCCUAUAAUGAACACAGAAGGGUUUACGAUACACAUAUUCAGCCCAAAUGACUACCCGGACAUGCCCAGCGGCGGGUUAACGCAAAAAAUCGUUGCACCGGACACGGAAGUAUUUUUGCGGAUUGAUGCAAGUACGGUUAAAAGCGUUCCGGACGUUGCACAUUUUAGCACUCAACAGAAAGGUUGCAUAUAUCAAGAUGAAUCAGUUUACAGCUACAGCAACUGUCUUGUUAUGUGUCGCGUCAGAAGUAUAUUUGCAUUAUGUGGCUGCAAACUGUUUUAUUUACCUGACGACCCAGACGAGGUACCACAGCCAAUUAAUUGUACAUUGCAACAUAUUCAAUGUCUGAAUAAAUACAUGGUGAAAUGGCGUACACUUAAACCAAGAACAGAUGGUAUACCAGGAUUAGAACAUGAGGAAGAAGAUAGUUUGAAUUGUCCAGAAUGCUGGCCACAAUGUUCAUCUACGUCUUAUUUAGUGCAGGGCACUUGGGCACCAAUGAUACCAGACAUUUUGGAUAAUGGCACAGAUCCUAGCAGUAUCAAGCAGAACAAAAGUUUAAUUCGAGUAUUCUAUGGAUCUUCAAGCACCAUGCUUUACCGUAAGGACGUUUUAUAUUAUUGGUAUGAAAUUGUAAGCAACUUUGGAGGAAUUUGUAGUUUAUUUGUUGGAUUCUCAUUAAUGAGUGUUGUUGAAGUGCUAUAUUUUUUCACAGUUCGAUUAUGUGAAAAUCUCGUACAUGAUAUAAAAGAGACACAUAAAGCGCAUGAAAACAUAAAAAAUCAUACAAGCAAGAUAAAUAAUAAAAAAUAUAUCACAAAUUCUAAUAAUCAAAGCGUAAGAGAAGCUUGGGCUCCUCCAUAUAGAAAUUAUAUAGAAUAA